AUGACUCGCCUUUACCUCAAGAUCGAGCUCGACGAUGGAGUCGAAUCCACGUUUGAACUUGCGAUGGGUGCCGCGUUUGGACUCAUUAUCGCGAGUUAUAUUUGGGCGGAUGAAUUAGCAGUAUGUGGUCACUCACAUGAUCCAUACCGACUGUCUCCUUCAUUUAUGAGACUAUCAAGCAUUCCGGCAUCAGGAGUAUUAGGCGUGAAGGGACGCAGAGACUAUUGGCGAGUAUCAGACUUUGAACAGGACAGUUCUUUUAUCUCUCAACCUCCUGAACCUCGUACAAAUUCUCAUCAUUAUCACGCUCCCGACAUCGUUCAAGUCGUCAUCUCCCCGUUGGGCAUAGGUCCGUUCUUCCUCGCUCAUAUCAUUCAAUUCAUUAACCUUAUACGCAAUAUUUUGCAUGUUGCAAUACCCCUCGCACGUGUACUUGCUUUCCUUCCUCCUCUCGCCGCGCUCUUCUUCCCUUGCGUCAUUCACCUUUCUGCGCAAUCGUCAAUCGAGUUGGACGACGGCGAGGUCAAAGUACAGCGCAGACGACUGGUAUUGGUGGACACAUGUCUGGCCGAUUCAUUCCCACUGCAGAACUCUAACAAACGGUCACAUCGCAAGUUCUUGUCAACCUCUCCAUCGUCUUCCUUUGAGGCAUACGCCGGAUCAUAUGCAGCCACCAACAACAGCGGCGUUCUCCUCAUCCUUGGUCUCUCCGUCUUUUUCUACCGCCCGCGAAGACGUUUCAAACACGUCCACUUCCUCGACGCCAUCAACUUGCCCCGACGACAAGCCCUUGCCAGAGCAACACUGCUUACACUUAUCUGCUAG